AUGACAGAAUACGGAUUCGCUCCGCCAGCUAUUGGGAGCUACAGGUCGAACCACAGCCGCGCCCCCAGCUGGGGUGGCGCAAGCUCCCAUAAUUUAUCCUCAGAUCAACUUAAUAUCGUGAAUCCAGAAUACGGAAGGGGUCGUGUCCACAAUGCUUUUGGACAAACGUCUUCCGACUAUCGACGCGGCCGACGACAACUUCCUCAGCUCUACGACAACCACCAUGGUACUAGACAGAUCUCACACCAUUCAGGUCCAUACUCCAACCAUUUUCCAUCACAGCAACAAGCUUCGAUAAAUGGCCGUUAUAUGGAUCCCAAUGAUAUACCACCACUAGAGGAGCAUUACGAGGGCAUCCCCUCGAGGCACCCUUCAUACCAGAAUGGUAGAACACUCUCGCAACCAUACAACCCGGCAAUUCCGGAAGCAUACUCUAUCGGACCGACCAACACGUACACAGGUCCACCUAUCCAAGUCCCAACAAGUGCGGACAAUUACUCGCGUCGCAGACGACGUCGUUCUCGUUCUUAUUCGUACGACAGAGACGGAUCCGAUGGGUCAUACUCAAGUCGAUCACACUCAACCGAUACCUUUUCCUCGAGGAAUUCCAAUCGUUACUAUGAUUCAGGACAGCAGUAUGCGACAAUCCAUCCGUCACACCACGGGCCCACAGUGGUUCAGCCUUCACAAAACCUUCCAAUAGUUGUUCCAAUAAGCGGUGGCAAAGGGGGUUACGUUGUAGUUCCCCCAGCCGGGCAAACUAUGCGAGUCAUUGAUCCCUCCAGGCCGUAUAAACAUCUUUCGUUCAUCGAUCGAAUCCUAUCUCCAUCAACCUGGGGAUUUGGCAGGAAAAAAGGCACAAUCAUAGUCAACUGA